AAGAGGUGUUGUGAACCAAGACUCUAAAAAAGCCUCAAAAAGCGAUUCAGACCAACAAAAUUCUGUAAAACUUAUAUUGGCAAAAUUCUAUCUAAAUGUGGUAGUUCAAAAUCAAAAAAAGGCAGUUAAGCUCUUUUUGGAACUUUCUAAAAGCGAAUUAAAUCAACAAAAUUCGCUAUCACUAAAUUUGAGUUGGCUCGUUGUUAUGAAUAUGGAUUAG